CUUUCCUAUCGUCAUUUCAUUUUCAACUUCCUUUCUUCCUUGACUGGUAUCAAAAAGUCGGCUUUUUAUUUUAAUCAAUUCCGUUGUUGUUCGUUCCUUUCUUGUGCCAUAUCUUCUAUCAGGUUCACGCCUCAAAUUUUGUCAACGUUGGGAUAACACAGGAUUCCUAAUUACAGCCUUAAGAUUUCCACAGCCUGCCUUCUGGUCAAGAAAUUGGGGGGUAUAUAUAUAAAAGAUAAUCCACAUAUUCUACACAAGAGAAUUAUAGACAAAAGCGAAGGGUCAACUCUCAUAUCUAGCAAUGGCUUCUAUCCCGGAAUCGAGACACGGAAUCAGAGAUUUUAUCUCAGACCUUCCGCCAGAGCUGUCCAGGCUUAUACUCUCGCAACUGGAAAUUCAAGAUAUUUUUAUGUGCGCCGCUGUUUGUCGUGCCUGGCGCUCCCACACCAGAAGCAAUGACAGUUUGUAUAUCCCGCAUCUUCUCCGGAAAUACAAUAAUAUUACACGCGGACGGGAUCCGAUACCCCCGACGGUGAACAUUGGCCAGGAGCUACUUCACCGAUUCCCCCACAUGUCCGCGUCUUCCUACUUUUGCAACCCAAAAUCGCUCUGGGAUCUAGCACUGCGGGACAUGCAUUUGCAGAGCAGUUGGGAAUCUGGAAUUCCUUGGAGGAAGGCGAACCUCAAUGCUUGCAUGAAGCAUACAGACAUUAUCUUUUCUGUCCUGAUCGACCAAGUAUACAGCCUGGUUGUUAGUGGGGACCGGUCUGGUGGUGUUGUUUUCUGGAGCACACGGACAGAGGAGAUGAUCAAGGAGCUCAAUCUCGCCCCAGAGCCCGCUGAGGAUGCUCCUGUUAUCAGCCCCGCGAUAUCUGCUAUGGCCCUAACGGGUGAUCAAUUGGUUAUCGGGACAUGGCAUAAGAUUGUACACGUUGCGCAUAGGGAUGGCGAAGACAUCCCCAUCGAGAAUCGGGCGUUUUCCUUAGUAUCAAGUUUCCCGGUUCCUUCACCAGUUAUCAGCAUUCUCCUUGAGGGAGCAACGUGUAUUGUUGGCUGCCAUAGAGGUGAAGUUCUGUUUUAUGAUAUUGGGGUCCCUGGAAAGAGCCCCAAUCCCACCCACGGGGAAAACAUGAACCCUGAUGGCAAGCCGAAUCAUCUCCUCACCAUCCAGAUCCCAGAACCAAGAAAUAGACAAAUCAGACACAAUCUUUCCAUGCACUACCGCAAGCCCUUCCUUUUCACAUCAUCCGAUCUAGUAUCCCAAUUGACCCCCAAGAGAAUGGACCCGGAUAACAAACGGGACCUCUGGGAGUAUGGGGAACGGGAGAUAACAAUCAAAAAUUGUUCCGGGAAUCUGUCGGGACUAGGUCCUGACUACCUGUGCAUGCUGCGACCACUAUAUACUGAAGGAGACCUACUCGUGGCGUGGCCAGACCUAUCCGUGUACAGCCUCGGAAACUUCAAUUCCGGUCUGGUCUGGUCCCCAAAGACCAAAGUACUUGUGGAGAAGGCGCACUGGCAGUCUGUGAGAUGCAUGGGCACUGUGGACGGGUUUUUCCUAACGGGUUCCUUCGAUCAUGUGCGCCACCCACAGCCUCUUUACCCCAAUAUCCCCGAUAUCACCUUACCAGACUACGCGCUAAAACCUAAGACAGACCGUGCGAGUAUUCAGUGA